AUGGCAGCCAAUGAGUUCAACGAGUGGAGUUCACCGUUAGUGGACCAACAGGCCGCUAAUUCCUUCCUGUCCCGCUCACUGCUUUAUAACAGCUGGGACUUUGAACUAGUGGUGCCUGACAGCCUUGAAAGGGAAUGUCGGGAAGAGAUAUGCACUUACGAAGAAGCCAGAGAAGUGUUUGAGGAUGACACUCAGACGGAACUGUUUUGGACUGACUAUGUUGAAAGCCACGCAUAUGCACCCAAAGUGGAUGUGGCAGGGCUGGUGGCAGGGAUCCUGGCAAUACUAGUGUGCGGUGUGAUUGCAACAGUGCUAGGCUUCUACUUCUACAAGUCCAAGAACAAGGGGGGAAGGAGACCAGUGCAAAUGGUGCAUGAUGGACGUCCAGGCGUAGAGAUGGUGCCCCUGGCAACCGCCCCAGGUCUGCCCAGCUACAACGAGGCUCUAAACCGCAGCGGGAUGCACGAUGCCCCGCCACCACCGUAUUCAGGGGGGGCGCCAUCUGAGCCUGCAGACCCAGGAGACAACGAGUGA